GUUUGGUUCUGUUUGUGUUUCUGGCGUCUGGAUGAUGUGUCUGGUCAGGAAAUUAAGUUAUUGAAAUCGGGAGAUUCAGUCACUCUGAAAUCUGGUCUUACUGAAAUGAAAGAUGAUGAGAUUCAGUGGAGGUUUGCAAAGGAAAAAACUCCACUAGCUGAAAUCCUUAAACAGGUCGGCAACCUGACUGUAUAUGGUGAUGUUCUUGAUGGGAGAUUCAGAGACAGACUCAAACUAGAUCAUCAGACUGGAUCUCUGACCAUCACAGACAUCAGAAUGGAACAUACAGGACUUUAUGAACUGGAGACCAAGAGUGUGAUGAAGAGUUUCUUUCUCAAUAUCAUUGAUGAAAUAUCAAUGAAGGAGGGAGAUUCAGUCACUCUAAACUCUGAUCUUACUGAAAUGAAGGAUGAUAAUGUGAUUCAGUGGAGGUUUGGAUUGGAAAAUACUUUACUAGCUGAAAUCAAUAAACAGACCGACAGCAUGACUGUAUAUGAUGAUGUUCUUGAUGGGAGAUUCAUAAACAGACUGAAGCUGAACAAUCAAACUGGAUCUCUGACCAUCACAGACACCAGACAUGAACAUGCUGGUCUUUAUGAACUGAAGAGCAAGAGUGUGAUGAAGAGUUUCUUUCUCAAUAUCAUUGAUGAAAUAUCAAUGAAGGAGGGAGAUUCAGUCACUAUAAACUCUGAUCUUACUGAAAUAAUGGACAACAAGAUUCAGUGGAGGUUUAGAAGUGAAAACAUUUUAAUAGCUGAAAUCAAUAAACGGGCCGACAGAAUCACUGUAUAUGAUGAUGUUCUUGACGGGAGAUUCAGAGACAGACUGAAACUGAACAAUCAAACUGGAUCUCUGACUAUCACAAACACCACAACUCAACAUGCUGGAGCUUAUGAACUAGAAAUCAAUAAUGAGAAAAAGAGGUUCCUUCUCGCUGUCUAUGAUGAGAUAUCAGUGAAGGAGGGAGAUUCACUCACUAUAAACUCUGGUCGUACUGAAAUAACAGCGGGUGAAAUGUUUUUGUGGUUGUAUAUGAAUGAAAUUACUUUUAUAGCUGGAAUCAACCCAUGGGUAAACAACAUUACUGUAUAUGAUGAUGUUGUUGAUGGGAGAUUCAGAGACAGACUGAAGCUGGACGAUCAAACUGGAUCUCUGACCAUCAGAAACAUCACAACUCAACAUACUGGACGUUAUGUAUUCCUGACAGAGAAAGGACCGAUAAUUCAGUUAUUAAAAGCUCUCAGUGUUUCUGUCUAUGGAAAGUAGAGAGCAGAUCAAGCUCAUGUAUGAUCAAGUAUCAAAUGCAAAUGUUUGUCAUGGUCAAUACUGAAGAUUACCAAAGAUGCUAGCAUUCAGUAAUUUUUUAUAUUUGAUUUCAAAUAUUCCUCUCUUGCAUUGUUAUUAUUGCACACAUUCAGUUUGAAGGCUUUGUCUAUUUAUCUGUCAGAUUAGACACACAGAUCUCACUUUUCUGUCCAAUUAUAAUAAUUUAUUACAUUUGUUAUGUCGAGCACCUCCUUGAGGAAAACUAAGGUAAGCAGUACAUAUAAAGUUUUACAUGAUUAAAACAUUUCAUUAUACGUAAA